ACUUUCCGAGAUAUUUCAAAAUGGCGUCCGUGCGCUACAUGCUGGUCGCCGUGCUCCUGGUGACCGUUUUGGUUUAUUGUUCUGCAAAAGAUCAGCUAGUGAAAAAAUUGAAGGAACACGUCGAUUCCUGCAAAAACGAGACCCCGAAAUGUAUGCAUAAAUGUAUCUUCAAGAAAAUGGGAAUCAUUAAUAAGGCCGGUCAGUACGUCGACAAGAAAGCAGUAGAAUGGAUGAAAAUUGCGACCAAUGGAGGAAUACUAACGCAACCGCAAGCCAUCAAAAUUGCCAAAAUAUGCAACAGAGGUAACGUGACGUCCAAUAGUAAUGGCUGCCACCUGGCUGAGCAAGUAUCUCUCUGCAUAAACAAAGAAAUGGAGAAGAUGGGUGUACACAAAAAAGACACUCCUCACGGUCGUGACAUUAUUUUAAAGAAAAAAAUAAAAUCACAUUAAAAAUUAAAUGUUAAAACCGGAGAGGUAAAUUAUUAAUAUUAUUAUCAUCGUGAAUCCGUUUAAAUAUAUUCCCAUUGAAAUAUAAGGUGGAAGGUAUUUAGACUAUUUAGUUACAUUAGA